CGGAAUGGCUGCGUGCGACCUAAAUCCCCAUCAGCACCAACUCAGCAGAGUCGGGUAGACGGAGGGCGGAGAGAGAAAGAGCGCGCCACCCGCGCUGAGGCCCGGAGCUCGCACACGGGGCUGCAGCCCGGGAGGGUUCCAGAGCCGCAGGCACCUCCUCGGGGGUCCGGCGCGGGCCACGGGGCCGAGGGGAGCGCAGCGGGGCGGGCCCGCGGGAGGCUUGGGCUCAGGUCCCCGCCCACCCCGGCGCUCGGGCGCGAGGGAGGCGUGGCCGCCGGUUCCCACGGCGACGGGCGCCAACAGCUCCAGCAACUCGGGCUUGCGGAGCUGCGGGACCUGUCGGCAUGUGUGCCUUGGAGGUGGACCAGCGCGUCGCCCAGCGGUACCUGCUCAAGCGGCGGCUCGGGAAGGGGGCCUAUGGCAUUGUGUGGAAGGCAGUGGAUCGGAAGACGGGCGAGGUCGUGGCCAUCAAGAAAAUCUUUGAUGCCUUUAGGGAUAAGACGGACGCCCAGAGAACGUACCGGGAAAUUCUGCUGCUCCAGGAAUUUGGGGACCAUCCCAACAUCAUCCGCCUUCUGGAUGUGAUCUGGGCGGAAAAUGACAGGGACAUUUAUCUGGUGUUUGAGUCUAUGGACACUGACCUGAAUGCCGUCAUCUGCAAGGGCAGACUGCUGAAGGAUGUUCACAAGCGCUACAUCUUCUGUCAGCUCCUGCGGGCCACCAAGUUCAUCCACUCAGGACGUGUCAUCCACCGGGAUCAGAAGCCUUCCAAUGUUCUCCUGGACACCAGCUGCACAGUGAAGCUCUGUGACUUUGGCCUCGCCCGCCCCCUCAGCAGCCUCACUGAGGGGCCCGAGGGCCAGGCCCUGACAGAGUACGUGGCCACACGCUGGUACCGGGCUCCUGAGGUGCUGCUAUCCUCAAGCUGGUACACCCCUGGGGUGGACAUGUGGAGUCUGGGUUGCAUCCUGGGGGAGAUGCUGCGGGGGAGGCCCCUGUUCCCUGGCACAUCCACGCUCCACCAGCUGGAGCUGAUCCUGGCGACCAUCCCACCACCAUCUCAGGAGGACCUCCUCGCUCUUGGCUCAAACUACAGCACCUCGAUUCUGCACUGCCUGGGGUCCCACAGGCCACGGCAGACGUUGGAUGCCCUCCUACCACCUGACACCCCCCCAGAGGCCCUGGACCUCCUCAGGCGACUGCUCGUGUUUGCCCCAGACAAGCGGCUUAGCGCAGUGCAGGCCCUGCAGCACCCCUAUGUGCAGAGGUUCCACUGCCCGGCCCUCGAGUGGACACUUGAGGUGGACAUUCGGCUCCCUGUGCAGGAAGGAGCCCAACUCUCAGCCCACGAGUAUCGCAAUCAUCUCUACCAGAUGAUCCUGGAGCGCAGGGGCAACAGCCACGUCCAGAGAGAGAAGGCUCUGAGGGACAACCCCUGGCCUCAGGUGCACCUGCUCAAACCCAGAGCUGGGCCUCCGCCACCCGCAGGCUUGCCUGCACAGACCCUCCCACGCAGGCCUCAGAGGAGCCUGGGUCAGGUCCCUGCACACGAUGCCCCCUGCGGAGCCAAGACCCUUCCCAGGCAGAACUCGGCAUCCCUGCUCCGGCCUCCACCCCCAGGAGGUCUCGGGCGAGGGGCAAGGCCCCCUGCAGCCAUGGCGCAGCCCGCCUGCGUACCCUCAUGGGCAAAGACUGGCGUGAUGGGGACUGCACCCUCUCUGACUUCGCAGGCUGCCACCCGGGUGGCCAUCCAGGCCCUGAUCAGGGGUGGCCAGGAGGCGGGUCGUGGGGCGAGGGCAGCCGAGGAGCGACGGGUCCCUGAUGGGCUUCUUCCAGAGGCCCGGCCUGAGCGCCGGCCUGGCCGGAGGAUGUUCAGCGCCUUGAUCUCGCAGGGGACCCAGGGGGCCGCACGUGCUGCGCUUGGGGGCUACUCGCAAGCCUACGGUACUGUCCGCCACUCGGCCCUGGGCCACCUGCCCCUGCUCCAAGGACCCCGAGCCUGAGCCCCACCCGCCUUCAACCCAGCCCCAGGGGUUGCCCCGCCCCCAGCCCCCCUUUACCUGGUCACAUUCACAUUCCAGGGAGCCUGUCAGGGAGUAGACAAGGUUCCCAGCCAGCCUCGGUCACGUCCUGCAAUAAAGUUGCGUCCAUCUGCAGUCUAUCUGACCAUCU